AUGCCCCUGCGAAUCACUUCUGCCCCAAUCUCUGGAGUGAAAAAGAGAAAAUCUCCAGCGAGUUCAAGGCUUCGUGCCUCUCCGUUUUCCAGCCAUGCUCGCCGCAAGGCUACCACCCUAGGUUCUCAAUCUACUACUGCAUCCGGUGACGCAUGCCCAGAAGACCACGAUCAUGGGCCACUUCCAGAUCUUGGCUUGUCACGAUACAUUCCGGAGACUGCGCUGGUGGAAAAUGUAGUUCAAGCUCUUUGCUACGUGCGUGACCACAUGUUUGAGAAUCUCCCCGCCCGAGCUGGCAUGAGCAGUACUCGCAGCGCAGAAGUGCUUAAUUUUCGUCGCUCGUUGCCUCCUCUCGUCUCUGUGGCACAUGUUCAUACCUUAUUGGAUGCACCUACGAAAGUGGAAAAGGAGAUUAUGGAGUUGGUGAACAGUGGUCGCAUUCGUCGCUUGGUCGUCCCAGGAAGAGGGAAUGAUGCAGCGGGGUUAGGCGACUGCCUGGUCCUUUCGGAAGAUUGGGAAAGGCUUGUGCGACAGAACAAUGAUUUAGAGCCAUUUAUAAAGGACAAGUUACUUAGGGUGCUUAAUCGGAUUGGUAACAGGUCCACCGUUCCCGGUGCAGCCUUCACCGCGUCAGAGUAUAUGGCCUUGGUUCGCGCGGGAUUCCUUGUCUCCUCGUCCUUUCCAGCGCAGGGGUCCUUAAGUAUCGCAUCUCUCCCUAGCCUUCCAUCGCCUUCAGUAGCAGAAAAUCCGGCUAGUCGAAGUGAUAGCGCUGCUCAACCCACUCAAAUGGAAGCGAUCAAUCGUUCCCAGCUCCAUUCGGCAACUUUGUUUCUUUCCCUCCCGAAUACCGGGCCUUAUCUUCGUCUUCUUGCUGCAGGUCGUGCUCAUCUCCUCUCACUUUUGAAGAAAUCCCCCGAAAUCCCUCUUGAUCUCCUUCGAGACCGCUGGGAUGGUGCGGUCGAAAGCGAGAAAAGCUUCAGUGUCGCAAAGCGAGCACGAGGAGAAUUCGCGGGAGUUUUGCCGGGAAGAACAAAAAAGUGGAAAGAGCUUUACGGAAUGAAUUUCCGGUGGGUUUUAGAGGAGGCCAUUGGAGCAGGGCUAGUUGAGAUUUUCGAUACGGGAAGUGUUGGACCGGGGAUACGCUGUCUGUGA